CUGAGAGCUGCAACCCAGCUGCUUCCCAGCUGUGCCUUUACAUGGCCCUGGUGACCUUUGGUACCAGUGGCCAGGGUUGAGGAUGGGGUGGGUAUAAGGAGCUCCAGACUCCUAGAAAGAGUGGGGUCAAUUUUCCCCUUAGUCACUGUCCUCUCCCUCUCUAAUGGCUUCCUGUCUAACUGGCUGGGGGGUGAUUCGGGGGUGACUCAGGGCACCCUACACACCCCCAGAUUCUCUGGAAAUGGCAAGGGCCAGUGUGUUGUGUACCCUGGCCACAAGCACCCAUGAAAGGGGGGACACUCGUAACAGACCCUAAGGUGUGGGGACAUGUUAUUCCCCUCCCGGCUAAGGACAGAGGGGUGCCUGGGGCUAUAAGGGCCUGGGCUGCCUGGACUCUUACCUCUACCCCAGCCCCAGGGAGCCCUGCAGACUGGCUGCCUGCCAGCUACACAGCAUCAGGCUCAGCAAGUCCCAGGGGCGUGGUGUCGGCCAGUAGCAGAGCCGGCCUAUACCAGCCAGGCAGGCAGCAAGGCUGCAGUCCAUUGGGACAGCUGCAGUCCAUUGGGACAGAGCAUCGGGAAGGCAGACAGGAGUGUGGCCAUGAGCCCUCUGCUGUACUAUGCCCUGCCUGCUCUGGGCGGCUACAUCACACUGUCCAUCUUCUUCUUGCGCCGGCCCCGCCUGCUGCACACACCCCAUGCCCCAGCCUUCUGUCCCCGCCUGGUGGCCCACCGAGGAGGCUCCGGAGAGCUGCUGGAGAACACCAUGGAGGCCAUGAGGAACGCCAUGACCCAGCGAGCAGAUCUCCUGGAACUCGAUUGCCAUCUGACAAGGGAUGGUGUGGUGGUAGUGUCACACGACAAGAACCUGUCCCGCCAGUCAGGCCUAAAUAAGGAUGUGAGAAGCCUGGACUUUGAGGAGCUGCCCCUCUACAAGGAGGAGCUGGAGGUUUACUUCUCACCAGGCCACUUUGCCCAUGGGUCAGACCGGCACAUGGUGAGUCUGGAGGACAUGUUCCAGAGGUUUCCACAGGUGCCCAUGAGUGUGGAAAUCAAGGAGAAGGAUGAGGAGCUCAUUUACAAGAUAGCAGACCUGGUGAGGCGCUUUGACCGCAAUGAGAUCACCAUCUGGGCCUCGGAAAAGAGCUCGAUCAUGAAGAAGUGCAAGGCUGCCAACCCUGAGAUGCCACUGUCCUUCACAAUAAGCCGAGGAUUCUGGGUGCUGCUACUCUAUUACCUGGGGCUGCUGCCCUUCAUCCGGAUCCCUGAGAAGUUCCUCUUCUGCUUCCUGCCAACCAUCAUCAACAGGACCUACUUCCCAUUUUCCUGCUCUGGGCUGAACCAGUUGGCAGCUGUGGUUUUAAAAUGGAUCAUCAUGAGAAAGAGUCUGAUCCAACACUUGCAAGAGCGAGGGGUGCAGGUAGUGUUUUGGUGCCUUAAUGAAGAGUCAGAUUUUGAAGUGGCCUUCAGUCUGGGGGCUACUGGUGUCAUAACAGAUUAUCCCACAGCCCUGAGGCGCUACCUGGACAACCAUGGACCCGUGGCCCCAGCCUCCUAAGUCUGAGUUCCUCUCCUCUGUUUCUCUUCCUGAAAAAUAAAGAUUUUCUUUUCACUCACAUAGUGGUACAUGGAGUGAGGGGUGGAGGAUGGCUUCUGGAACACUGUCAAAACUGCAGAGAGGGACAGAGCCUGGGGCCGCAGCCUGGGGCCCUAACCAGCCCAGCCACUGGUUCCACUACAUUCCAGAUCCAGAGUAAUGCCACACCCAGUACCAGCUUGGCCUCCACUCUCAAGAAUGUCCCUUACAGGGUCAACUCAGGUGCCCUGGCCCCUGGCCAUGGCUAAUGGUUCCAUUCUCCUUUAAGAGCCCAAAGCAUACAGCAAGGCACUUGACUUCCCCCACGUUUUGCCCCUGUGGGCCUCAACAGGCUGCAGAGGGUGAACAUGGGUGAGUUCAUAGGUCUGUCUGUACCACCAUCAUACCAAGUUCCCCUGCCCAGGUCUCCUCCAGUCCUGAAACCUUAUUCAUUCAAUGAAGGGAGACUCCCACUGCACAAAUACUGAGUGUGAACAAGUCAAAGCAAGGCAGACACAUGACUUAAACAGACAUUUUCACUAGAGGCGCCCUAACCCAGCCUGAGGGGUAGGGGGCACCCCAGGAGGCUGCCUGGAUGGAGGAGGUGAAGUUCAUCAGUAGGACAUGGCUUCUUCCAGGGCCUGUGCUCCCAGGAGCCCAACAUCAAUAGACAACUUUAGCUCUUCCCUUCUAAGAGAUAGUUCAUCUCUUAGAAGUCUGUUCCUGGUGGUAUGGCAAAGACCAUGGAGUCGGCCAAAGUGAGUUGUUUUGCCUCUUACCAGCUGAUCAGCUCGAGAGAGAUGCUAGACCUCUCUGGGCCACAGUCUCUGGUAAAAGGGAGACAAUAGGAGAGACUGCCUUAAGUGAGGCGCCGGCCUUGGAGAAACGCAGAUAUGACUAUUAUUUCCCGGGACCGGACGUGCUGAUACUACCCUUCUCCUAACCCUGCGCAGGGUCAGGACCCUCAGAUCCUUGCUUCUUCAAACACCGCUGGAUGCCAACGAGGUGACCAGGCCGUGGCCGCCGACG